AAUUAGGCCUUAAAUUAAGUAUAUGAAUUUAUACGCUCAAACACACACAAACUAAUAUAUACUUUUUUCCAGAAAGUGAACAUGGGCAAUGAAAGGAAUCUGAUGGCUGACAAGAUAAUAAAUCUAACUUUGGAGAUCAUCUAUCUUCUAACUGGAGAGGUGAGAUGUCGGUAUAAUAUCUGUGUGAUCACAAGAAGUAUGCAAAGCAAGCAGAACACAAAUAGCAAAUAAAGUGGGAAAAAAUGUAUAAAUACAUACUCUGACUUAUGCUUGUUCGGAUUCACAUGCGUUAUGUGUUUGGAGACCAUAGAAAUGAUGUCACAAAAACUAAACUAAUACACCACAAACAUUACUAUUAAAUACACUCACAGCAUCCUAUGCAGGAAGCAAAGAAACUCAUGUUAAGUCUGCAACUCCCAGAGGUUAACAGUCCUAAAAUGCCUUAGUCACAACUCCCAGGGGCUCUCGGAAUCCUCAUGCACCAAACAUUGGUAAGUUCUCCACUCAGUGCUCUGUGCAUUUUGCCUGCUGGCUGUACAGACUUCCUUGAAUGCGACUUUUAACUUGUCGUCAUCUCAAUCAGUUUAAAUUCUUAAAGAAUACUAUCUCACUACAGCCGCACACACUCGCUGGAGGUGUCCCAAGAAGUGCCAUCAUUAUGUCCAGACAUUAGAACGAACCCUGUUCCGGACACGUGCAACCGGAGAACAGCGCCAUACAACAGACUUUAUAUCCACAAUAACUUGUUAACAGAGCAGAAUUUCUCAAAGCCCAUCCCCACUGAAAUAAGAUAUGUGAAUAGAAAACUCUUAAUCCCGCCACAUUUCCACAAACACAACUUAUCAUCACACAUUAACAUGAAAACAUACUGCAAAAAUCACAAUCACAUAUUUGUCUUAAUAUCUACUAAUGAUAGUCCAAUAAUUAUCAACUUCAACUAAACAUAAAUAUAUACAUAUCUCUUUGAAAAACACUAUACAUGUAUAUUAGAAUGGGCUGGGCUAAAAUCCUUAAAAAGACCACUUUAGUAGAUUGAGCAUCUAAAUCAGGGGUACUCAACCUGGUCCCUACCGCCCACUAGUGGACAGUUUGGGAUUUGUGGUGGGUUCUGAAGAAAACCCCAAGUGGGCUUUGAUGGCUGUAGACCAAGGCCAGCAGGGGAGAUCCUUUAAUUUCCCCUGCUGGCCCAUGCAGAGCCAGCCUUGCUGUAAUCCCUCUGGGGCUCGUGAGGAGAUCUCUCACACAUGCCUUGCACCUGUCACACAUGCCCUGCCCCCCUCAAACACGCAGUGCAGCAGCCCUCACACACGCGCAGCAGCCCUUCACACGUAGCAGCCUUCUCACACAUACACAGCACCUCACAGACACACAUAGAAAAAAGAAAAAAUAGAUACAUUUAAGUACAUAUUUAACCCCUUAAGGACACCCAGUCAUGUGUCCUUAAGGGGUUAAAAAAAAAAAAAAAAAAAACUCCAUAAAAAAAAUCCUUUCAAAAAAUAAAAUUACAAAAAAAUUGCACUUGUGCUGCAAAUUUAGUUACUGUGGCACUGGUGGACGGUAAGGAAAUUUUAACAUCCGCAAAGAUUGAAAAGUGGGCAGUAAGUAUUAAAAGGUUGAAUACCCCUGGCCUAGAUGAAUAUGGAAAGAUAAUACAUUUAAAAAGCAAGAGUAUCCAGUUCUGUAUUUAAACCAUGAAGAGUUACAUGAAAGCUGAAAAGAGACUUGCAUCCAUCAAGUUCAGCUUUCCUCACAUUUGUUUUUUGCUGUUGAUCCAAAAGAAGGCAAAAAACCCAGUUUGAAGCACAAUUUUGCAACAAGCUAGGAAAAAAAAAUCCUUCUUGACCCCAGAAUGGCAGUCACAUUAAUCCUUGGAUCAAGCAGUUAUUACCCUACAUUGAAAGAUUAUAUCCUUGAAUAUUCUGUUUUUGCAAGUAUGCAUCUAGUAGCUUUUUGAACAUCUGUAUGGACCCUGAUAAAACCACUUCUUCAGGCAGAGAAUUCCACAUCCUUAAUGUUCUUACAGUAAAAUAAACCUUUCCUUUGCCUUAGAUGAAAUCUUCUUUCUUCCAGUCUAAAUGCAUGACCUCGUGUCCUAUGUAAAGUCCGGUUUGUGAAUAGAUUUCCACACAAUGGUUUGUAUUGGCCCCGAAUAUAUUUGUAUAAUGUUAUCAUAUCCCCUCUCAGGCAACGUUUUUCUAAACUAAAUAGGUUUAAAUGUGUUAACCUUUCUUCAUAGCUGAUAUGUUCCAUUCCUUUUAUUAAUUUUGUAGCCCGCCUCUGCACUUUUUCUAGUGCCAUAACAUCCUUCUUUAGAACAUGUGCCCAAAAUUGCACAGCAUAUUCAAUAUGUGGUCUUACCAGUGAUUUAUAAAGAGGCAAAAUGAUAUUCUCAUCCCGAGAAUGAAUGUCCUUUUUCAUACAUGACAAUACCUUACUGGCCUUGGCCACUGCUGAUUGACAUUGCACAUUGUUGCAUAGUUUGUUGUCUAGAACAAUUCCCAAGUCCUUUUCGUGUGUUGUUAUCCCUAAUUCGCUUCCAUUACGGGUAUAGGUUGCUUGUGUAUUUUUUAAAUUGGAAUAAGGGGGGGGACCUAACGUCCUCCCCCCUGGCCCCCACCCCUGAGAUGUGGGUGGGGGCCCUAAAUACUAAUAAGGGGGGGUGAAUCUAAUGUCCUCCCCCCUAGCCCCCACCCCUGAGCUAGGGGGGAGGACAUUAGGUGGGGGCCCUAAAUACUAAUAAGGGGCGGGGCCUAACAUCCUCCCCCCUGGCUCUCACCCCUGAGCGGCGGGUGGGGGCCCUAAAUACCAAUGGGGGGGGCCUAUUGUAAUUCCCCCCGGCCCCCUCCCCUGAGCGGCGGGUGGGGGCCCUAAUUGGAAUAGGGGGGCGAACCUAAUGUCAUCCGCCGUUCAGGGGUGGGGGCCCUAAAUACCAAUGGGGGGGAGACCUACUGUCCUCACCCCCGGCCCCCACCCCUGAGCGGCGGGUGGGUGCCCUAAAAAAAAAUGUGUCGAACACUUAGACCCAUACACUCGUUCACCCUGGUCUCGCCAAACCGACCCCCAGGCCACGCAAGACACCCGCCUAACUUGUAACUGGCUAGGUUGAUAAGCCCAGUUUAGCCCCAUUCCCCCACAACCUCGUGACAGCAACCCGGAGCGCCGACUGGUCCGGGAAGGCCGGGCCCACUCGCACCCACCCUUCGCCCCCGCCCUCCCCCUCCCUAUAUCCCGUACCCUCCCGCCCACAGAACCUCCUAUACGCGACCCAACUGGGCAGCAGCCCAAUUGGUACCGAGCUAGCCGCACACAGAGGCGGAGCCCCCACCCCGCUCAGUACAAACACGACUAACAUCACCGCAACAUGGCACCACAGACCCUCCAACUACAACUCACCUCUCUCAACACGAAAGGCCUUAAUUCACCGGGCAAACGCCACAGCAUCUUACGCUGGGCAAACCGCACGGGAGCGGAUAUAAUCCUGCUCCAGGAAACUCAUUUUACAGAUCAGAAAGACUUCCCUCUGACCAACCAAAACUUUAAACGUUAUUAUCUGGCCAACUCACCGGAUCCGAAGACGAAAGGAGUAGCAAUCUUACUCCGCAACUCAUGCCCCCUAGAGGAGUUAUCAAUUCAAAAGGAUCCUGCUGGUCAAUUCCUCUUCUUGACAGGACACGUGGGCAUGACAACACUCUCAAUUUGCUCGCUAUACGCCCCAUCAAUCCCAGACACCACCUUCUGGGAGAAUUUUAGAGCCCACCUCGCAGGCCUCACCGCCAAACACAUAAUCAUAGGGGGAGACUGUAAUGCAACACAAUCCACUGUCGCUGACCGGAGAGCACGCGACGGAAGCAGACCGGCUGCAACGCGUAACGACAAGCUAUUCACCGCAUUCCUAAAAGACACACCAUUCAUAGACGUAUGGAGGGCACAGCACCCGUCCGCCAGAGAUUUUACCUUUUACUCCCAUACACACUGCUCAUACUCCAGAAUCGACCGAUUCCUCAUCUCACACACGGUCCAGCCCUGGACCACCCUCACAAAGAUUGGCAAUAUAGCAUGGUCUGAUCACGCAGAGAUCACCAUGACCAUUCAAAUACCCAAUCUAUUACGACCAUGGCGAUGGCGCCUAAACCCAUGGAUACUGAGGGACAAAGGCACAAUCCGAACACUGACGGAGGACAUCCGCAAUUGUUUUGAUACUAACACCACCGAAGAUAUCGCCCCAGCAAUGGUCUGGGCCGCCCAUAAAGCGACCAUCAGAGGCAACUUAAUAGCCAUAGCCACAGACCUCAAAAAACGCCGCCUACAAAGCCUAACAGGAGCACUAGCGGAACUGACCAGGCUGGAGGCAAUCCACAAGCAAACGCAGACGACGGACCUUCUGGCCCAAUUAACAGCCACGAGAGACCUGAUAAAAUCUCUCUCAGCGGCAGACGUGGCGAGGAACCUCAUGUGGACAAAACAGAGGUUCUCUGAGAAAGGAAAUAAAGUGGACUGGCUACUAGCACAUUGUCUCAGGAAGCAGCAGGAAGCCAAGAAAAUAUCCAAAAUCCGCACAAGAACCAGUGAAAUCACCAAGCAGCCAGAACAAAUCGCGCAAGAAUUUCUGCGCUACUAUACUGAAUUGUACAAUCACGCUACACCGUUGCCUCUGGAGUCCACGAAGCCGCAGACGCUAGUUCAGACCUUCCUAGAACACCUUAACCUCCCCUCCCUCCCCUCUAAAGCCAAAGACACUCUAGCGGCACCCAUGGAAGCAGAGGAGCUGGCACUGGUCUUCAAAACACUAAAACCACUGAAAAGCCCCGGACCAGACGGCUUCACAGCACUCUACUAUAAAACCUUCCAGGCACACCUCAUCCCACAGCUCUGCAAAAUCUUCAAUUCACUGCUCCAAGGUCAUCCACUUCCUCCAGAAAUGCUCAUGGCCGACAUAUGCCUCCUGCCGAAACCAGGAAAGGAACACUUAGACCCAGGCCACUACAGACCGAUCUCUCUACUAAAUACGGAUCUGAAAAUAAUUACUAAAGCACUGGCCAACCGCCUAAACCCAUUCCUCCAUAACCUAAUACACCCGGAUCAAGUGGGCUUAAUUCCACACCGGCAAGCAGCAGAUAAUAUCAGACGAGCCUUCGACACGAUAUGGUACGCCCAAAAUCGACGCAUUCCCUCCGUAGUUCUGUCACUGGACGCAGAGAAGGCGUUCGAUCAUCUUCUAUGGCCCUACCUAUACAAAGUGCUCGAGCACCUGGGGUUCCCUCCCGAGUUCCUUCGCAUCCUGGCUGCAAUCUUCACCAGGCCCACCGGGCGGCUUCUCUUGCCCAACAUGGAAGCCCAAACAUUCCAGAUAGCAAACGGAACCAGACAGGGCUGUCCCCUUUCACCCUUAUUAUUCGCCAUAUCACUUGAACCACUACUACAGGCCGUACGCCUUAACCCAAACAUCUAGGGCAUUCAGAUCCGGCGGGAAACCUACACGGUAGCGGCAUAUGCGGACGACGUCCUACUAACCCUAACAGACCCCAUUCAAUCGUUGCACACCACGCUGACACUGGUUAAUGAUUAUGCCACCUUCUCAGGAUAUAAGAUCAACCUGGCAAAGUCCAUACUAAUGCCUAUGGCCAUGGACCAGCGACAGAUUGCGCUACUCCGCAACCUAUUCCCCUUCCAAAUCACCACCACCUCCCUCACAUAUCUGGGAAUCCAACUAUCCCCCCGACCCACGGAUCUCUAUGAUCUCAACUACAAACCACUGUUGGAAACAGCCCUCAUAGACCUCUGGCGCUGGGAAGUUCUGGGAAUAUUGUGGCUUGGAAGGAUUACCACGAUCAAGAUGAACCUACUCCCCAGAUUCCUGUAUCUCUUUCAGACGCUGCCGAUACCAAUUCUAAAGGCAGACUUCAAACACUUACAAGCCUCCGUGGACAAAUUCAUAUGGAAAGCCAAAAAGCCGAGGAUAAGCAAGGCCACUAUGUAUGUUCCCAGACCUAGGGGGGGACUUCCCAACUUUCAACAUUAUCACCACGCAGCCCAGCUGGCGCAUCUGCAACAGUGGCACGCCACCGGGGACAAAAAGAUGGGUGGACCUGGAACAUGACAUCCUGGGCUGGGAACUACCGUCUUCCUACCUAUGGGUGCCACCAACACAGCGACCCCUACCACCGCCCACCUCACCGGCAAUAACCCACACACUGACCCUAUGGGACAAACUCAACCUUAAAUUUGACCUGUCCUCGUUUUUAUCACCGGUUACCCCAAUAUCCCGGAAUAAACUUUUCCCUCCGGGACUAACGGCCAAACACUUCCACUCCUUUGACCAAAGGGACAUUUCAAGAUUGCUUCAUCUCUACCACCAAGGCGAAAUAAUUAGAUUCACUGACCUCCCGAACGCAGAGGGCCUGACCACCACGGACUUCUUCCGAUAUCUACAACUGAGGGACCUAGCACAACAACCCAUGAUAAAACAAGCGGGUACAUCUCCACCAACACCAUUCAAAAAGCAGUGCUUCGAUGCACCAACACGUCCGGGACAAAUUUCUGACAUCUACAUAGCCCUAACGACCCACACCUCGCAGGUUAAUCUCACCUAUAUAGCAGCAUGGGAACGUGACCUCGGACCACUGGAGGACCCCGGAGAUUGGGUAGACAUCUGGGAGGCAACAAACACACUGACGGUAUGUGUCACACAUAAAGAGCAGGCAUACAAGACCCUAUUCCGCUGGUACAUGACACCACGAAAACUCCACAAAAUGGGAAAACUGCCCAACGAUCAGUGCUGGAAACUAUGCGGAGAGCCCGGGACAUUCCUCCACUGUUGGUGGCAAUGCCCCAAACUCAAACCACUCUGGACUAGGGUAAUACAACUUAUGGAACUAAUUAUAGACAAACCAAUCGACGUGCAACCAUGGACCAUGCUCCUAAACAAACCAGUGGAAUCCCUCACGCGGAGUGAAAACAAACUAGCGACCCGCAUAACUUUAGCAGCAAGGAGAGCAAUAGCAGAACUAUGGGCUGACAAACGCAUCCCCACAAUUUCCACAAUCAUACGCAAAAUCAAAGAGACGCGAGAUCUAGAUGAAUUGACAGCACAGAUACACGACACAUACAAAGCCUUCCACAGGAUGUGGGACCUCUGGGACACUAACUACUCAAACCUAAACAUACACAUAAACACUCCAUGAACGGAGGGAUUUUUAACAUACACUAACACAGGGAACACAGCCCAGGGAACCACACACCCAUGCGCAAAACCACCACGCUCACAACAAAGGACACAUCUGACCCCCCCAGCCCAACGUUAACAAGCCCACUUUUCUUCUGCCCCCCCACCUUACCCCUAUUGACCCGGUGAGUGGGCCCGGCCGACCGGGACGUGGGGGCGCGACGGGACUGAAAUACCCCGAACGGCCCAUCCAAAACCAAGAAAACCCACCAAGACCUGAGGCGAAGAGGAGGAGAGAGAACACUAGGAUCCCAGACCAGACACACAAGCCAAACCCCCAACAAAACCCAACCCAAUGAACCAGGAAAGGGACACCUAAGAGCUCCAUGGCACAACGACCAAAAAUGACGCAAGAUACCCGCACAAACAAAAGGGAAAAUCCACCAUACACGAGCUAAAGGGACAGGCCUACAUUUUCCGAAUAGAGAAGGGAACGCCCACAGCAAACCCUACAGCACACCCAGAUACCCCCAAAGGUGAGGGCUACCGGGGUCUACCCCACACCUUUCCAUACAACCCAAAAUCCAGACACUGACGAAGGCAAGCCGACAUCGAACAAACCCCAACCCCACCCCAGAGAACAGAACCCUACAACCCACACCCUCCCCCUCCACCACACGCCCCAAGAGCAUAAUACAGACACCUAACACUGAUGCGCAGGCAAAACCCACACAUGCUCCCACCCUUGACUAACCGAGAUACAUGACGAAGGCCACCGACAGCCUAUACGAAAGAAACAGAAUGAGCAAAGCCACAAUGCACGGGGAUCUCGGCUAUAACAGCACAGAGCUCCGCACACACCCCAUCAAACACCACCUCCCUUCUCUCCCCCCUUCCCCUCUCUCUUCCGUACCCCCCUCGGUCUACAUUAACGACCAACAAAAAGCCAUGAACCAAAGAGUCACACUAAUAAACCCCCCCCCCAGGCCCCACCAAAGACCCUUCACCUUUAAAACGCACCACACAGCAGGUGCAGUGAGUACUCCAAUAUGCUUCCCCAAUGUUAACCUCUGAUAACUGUGAAAAUCCCCAAAGAUGCUACCAAUGUAUAACGAAACGCGACUUAUAGCUAGCUCUGAUAUGUACUCACCGAAUAGACUAUUGUAUGCUAUGCGUUGUACUUGAGACUGCAUGACUUCUCACCCUUAACCUUUUCCUUUCUGUACCCACCCCGCGACAUAAAUUUAUAAAAAAUUAAAAAAAACAUAGCAGGGGAUAAGAAAAUCUUAAUUAAACAGAACUUGCAAUAAAGAAAGCCUAAAUAGGGCUCUCUUUACAGGACGUGUUUAUGAAAGGCUGUGCUUGUCACAUGCAGGGAGGUGUGACUAGGGUUCAUAAACAAAGGGAUUUAACUCCUAAAUGGCAGAGGACUGAGCAGUGAGGCUGCAGAGGCAUGUUCUAUACACCAAAACUGCUUCAUUAAGCUAAAGUUGUUCAGGUGACUAUAGUGUCCCUUUAAGUAUGAGCGGCGGAUGACAUUAGGUCCCCCCCCCCGUUCCAAUUUAGGGCCCCCACCCACCGUUCAGGGGGGAGGACAUUAGGUCCCCCCCCCUUAUUAGUAUUUAGGGCCCCCACCCACCUCUCAGGGGUGGGGGCCAGGGGGAGGACCCUAGGUCCCCCCCUUAUUAGUAUUUAGGGCCCCCAUCAGCCGCUUAGGGGUGGGGGUCCGGGGGGAGGACAUUAGGUCCCACCCUCCUUAUUAGUAAUUAGGGCCCCCACCCACCACUAAGGGGUGGGGGCCAGGGGCGGGAGGACAUUAGGUCCCCCCCCUUAUUCCAAUUUAGGGCCGCCGCUCAGGGUUGGGGGCCAGGGCCAGGGUGGAGGACAUUAGGUCUCCCCCUUUAUUAGUAUUUAGGGCCCUAACCCACUGCUCAGGUGUGCUGGCCAGGUCCCCCCCCCCAUUUUACUGUAAGGCCCACACCCGCCGCUCAGGGGGGACGACAUUAGGUUCCCCCACUUACUAGUAUUUAGGGCCCCCACCCUCCGCUCAGGGGUGGGGGCCGGGGGGGGACAAUAGGUGUCCCCCCAUCAUUUUACUUUAGGGCCCCCAUCCGCCCUUUCGGCUCGGGAGGGGGGACCCUAUUUUUUUUUUAUUUAUUUUUUUUAACAGUGAGCAGCCACAGGCUGCUCACUGUUUACCAUAGAAACACCAGACAUGCCCCUACUCGUGGUAUAGCGAGUAGAGGCAAAAUGUACUAAUACUAAGUAAUUUUUAGGGUGGGGGCCCUAAAUACUAAUAAGGGGGAGACCUAAGGUCCUCCCCCCUGGUUCCCACCCCUGAGAGGUGGGUGGGGCGCCUUAAUACUAAUGAGGGGGGCCUAAUGUCCUCCCAUCUGGCCCCCACCCCUUUGCUGAGCUACUAGUCCCUCUGUCCCAAUUUAUGUCGGGGUAAUUAAAAUCUCCAAUAAUUAAAGUGUUACCCAGAUUUGCAGUUUUCUCAAUUUGCUCAAACAGCUUUUGUUCCUCGUCAAUAGGUUUAUAACAUAUCCCAACCAAUAGUUGGUUUCCCCUCUUUUCCACCAAGCCGAUAUUUACCCGUAAAGCUUACACAUUUUCCUCAUCGCAUUCGACUUGCUUAAGACUUGGCUUUAAAUCAUGGUUGACAUACAAACAUACCCCACCACCCUUCUUGUUUUUCCUAUCCUUCCUAAAUAACAUGUACCCAUUUAAGUUAACUGCCCUUUCAUGUGUCUCAUCCCACCAUGUUUCAGUUAUGCCUAUUAUAUCAUAUUAUGUGAAAGUUUUAAGUCUGUAAAUCAAUUACGUCUCCCACAGUUAAAAAAAACCUUUUGGGUCUAGAAAUUAAAACUUCUGGUUUAAGAAGUGGUUAUGGUAGUAGAAGCUUGGAUGUGCAGUGUUUUAGCUAGUUACGCCCCCGGCACACAUCACAUUGGUCUCUCAGAACUUUGUUCCGAGCUGCCUAAUGUCAAUUCUGUGCAUAUAUCAUGUCUGUCGUCAGCACUGGUGGCAGAUGGUCACUGUUUAUUUGAUGUUUCAGCACAUACCACAGGUGCUAAAUUGGAUUGAGAUCUGGGAAAUUUGGAGGCCAAGGCAACACCCUGAACUCCUUGUCAUGGUCCUCAAAACAUUCCUGAAAAUUUUUUGCAGUGUGGCAGGAUGCAUUAUCUUGCUGAAAGAGGCCUUUGCCAUCACGGAACACCACUGCCAUGAAGAGGUGUACAUGGUUUGCAACAAUCUCUAAGUAGGUGGUAUAUGUCAAAGUUAUAUCCACAUUAACCCCUUAAGGACACAACUUCUGGAAUAAAAGGGAAUCAUGACGGAAUAUUUUAAGGACCUAAGGUUUCCCAGUAGAACAUUGCCCAGAGCAUAACACUGCCUUCUGCCUUCUUCCCAUAGCACAUCCUGCUGCCAUCUGUUCUCCAGGUAAAAGACACACACACACUUGGCCAUCCAUCUGAUCUAAAAGAAAGCAUGCCCACUGUGGUGACUUAACUCGUGCAUUAUCCAAUUGUGAGCGCCGUUCCCUCUUGAUGUAUAGUGUCCGGCUGUCCCACUUUACCCGUUUGUUACAGCUCUCCCGGCAUAAAGGGGUUAAACCGCCAUUUAGUAGAGCAUCCCUUUUGCGGAGGUACAGGCACAGCUACUAUAGGACCCCAAACUCCUGAACUGGAACCAGAGGAAUGCUCCAAACUCCCGAACAGUAUACCCAGUAGCACUCCAAACUCCUGAACGGUAAUCCCACGAAUAGCUGCUAACAGACGAGAAGACACAGCAUCCAAGCGGCUUACAUUCUCAGCAAUCAGUCUCUAACCGCGUACAGUAAAUCCCCCCAAUUACGACCAAGCUCCGUAUUGAGGGUAAAACAGGAUUCUGGUUUAUUGUGGGCUACCUGCCCAGUAUUUAUGCAGGUCUCCUUCCUGGUGGACACUCCCCUAGGGGACCAGUUGGGAGACUAUGACAAGGGACAGACACAUAGCAAAUCCUGACACACCGAUACAAAAUAUCCCCACAAUGCACCACAACUCCUCCCUCUCUGUCCGGGAGAUAAUUGGGAAGUAACUCAAUUAUCUCCCAGGACAGAGGCAAAUCGCCAUUACACACGUGGGGACAAUGAUACAGAAAAAGGCAAAAAAAUAUACGACAUGACCAAUAAUGCAACAAUUAUAAACAUAUAACAUAUCUCCAGAUAGCUCAGGUCUGAGCGCACAUUAAUACAGAAUAGUGCUCAGACCACACGAAUACAGUUUAAUUGCCAUAGAGCCAAAGUCUUUAAUUACACGAACAGGCUCCAUGGCAUGCUAUCUGGGUACCUUCAUUCAUAUAAUACAAAGUCCCGAAAGCCGGCAUUCGGUUGAAUAACUGGCGCGGGUGUAGCGGAGAGCUGGUCUCCCACAGCCUAUUUCCGCUGGUAUCCUAGAAUGGCUCAGGAACAAGUAGUAAAUCCAAUAGAGUAGCAAGCACAAUCAGCAAUGUAAUCCAAGAAUAUCCCAUCACCUUUCCCAAUAACUGGACGACACACAGUAUCAGGAGCAGAACUGAUCUUUAAUCACACAACCCCUGCUUUUAUGCAAUCCUCCCAUGCAAGGGAGACACCCACAAUAAUUAGUACAGUAACCAAUUAGGUGUAAGGUACAACCCACACAUCUCCACCCCUCAGAUUAUCAGUUAACAUAAUUAAAAGGUACACAAUUUUCACCACGUUCUGGAUGUAUCCCAAAUACCUAGGGUAUGCACCUAAGAAUGGUAUCCCCUGAUAGCCCUGAUCUGGGUGAGUAACAUACUCAAAAAUCACCCCGAUCGGACCAGGGGUUUGGGAGUUAUGGAGGGAUAAAGUUUUGACCGACAGCACAGGCAACAGUAACCGAAAACAGUUCCAUAAGUUUUGGCCUUGCGGUCAGGCUCUGUUCGUGCUUUAAAAGUCCCAAACUAAAUGCCAUCCAGAGCUGGGCGGGCAUUUGGAUGAAUCCCUGUGUUUGUGGGAUUCAUCCUACCGAACCGUGGGCCGUUCGGGAGUUUCUAUCCGUCAUUUCUGUAGCUCUGGAGGUCUUGUCGGUGUUUGCUUAGUCGAGUGUCCAAUUUGGGUUCCAGAUACUCGACGAUCAAACACCGCUGUUCGGGAGUUUAAGAUGGCCGCCGCCAUGUGUUCGGCUCCCGAAAUGGCGGCCACCCAUGGACUGCAACAAAGCGUUCGUGAGUUUUAAGUGAGAUGAAAUAGCACGAACAGGGAGGUAGAUUGAAGCCACACUUCGCAUCAGGGGGGUCCGGUGAUUCGGUAGUUUUAGAUCGUAUGUCGAAUGGAGUGGUUCAAUUCAGUCUAUGGGGAAUAAUUAGACGAAUGCUUUAAAUCCACACGAACAUUUCUGGGGUCACCUAACAAAUAAACAGGGAAUAUGCUGGACAGCCAGAUAGUCUCUGCUACUGCGGGAAUCAAGGAAGGCUGGAGGUUCAGCGGUGUUUGGUGAGUGAAAGUGUCCGCUUUCAGCUCACUGAGUCCGGUCUGAGCACUCCUGGUUGUGCCGGAGACUGCAGAACACCGCCAUCGUGUGGCAGCCAGGUGUAACCACGACCAUCCGGGAACAGACAGUUAAGCUGCGGUUAACCGCAGCUACUCGGUGGUCAAUUGAUGGCACACACUAGCUGCAGGGAGAUCAAUUGGAGGCACACGCCAGCUUCCUGGUGGUCGCGCCUUUCCAUAGUUUAACAGGGGAACACAUAGGGACUGUACAGGCAGACAAACAGACGAAUGGAGGGAAAAUAAUUGUAAUCCAUAUACAGACAGUUCUGUUACACAUUUCCCUCCCUGUGGGACACUGCGGCAGACCCGGCUUUACCCUUCUCGGGUCAACUUGGGGAUGUCUGGAACUCGGAUGCCAGAGUGAUGUCGGUUUGCCGGGACAACCCAUCAGCAUUGUCAUUCUGUUUACCGGGUCUAUAACUGAUGGUAAAAUUGUAAGGUUGCAGAGCCAGACUCCACCGUAGCAACCUGCCAUUGUCUUCUGAGACCCGGUUAAGCCAGACCAAUGGGUUGUGGUCGAUAAUAAGAGAAAAUUCCUGCCCGUACAGAUAAGGGGUUAACUUUUUCAGUGCCCAGACCAGGGCUAGACAUUUUCUCCACUGUCACGUAGCUCACUUCCCUGGGUAGUAGUUGCCUGCUUAAGUACGCUACAGGGUGCUCUCCUCCAUCCUCCCCGACUUGGCUCAGCACAGCCCCCAGUCCAUACAUGGAAGCAUCUGUAUGAACAAGAAAAUGUUUGUUAGAGACUGGGGCAGCCAACACAGGGGCAUUAACAAGAGCCUGCUUUAGUGCCUGGAAUGCGGCUUCACAAGCUGGAGACCACAGGACCUGCUUAGGUAAGUUUUUCUUAGUCAGGUCAGUCAGGGGCUUAGCUAUGGUGCUGUAAUCUGUGACAAAACAUCUAUAAUACCCUGCCGUCCCCAAGAAGCCUAGUACCUGGGUCUUAGUGAUAGGUGUGGACCAGUUAGCCACUGCCUCUACCUUGGCUGGCUCUGGUCUCUGGUUUCCACACCUCACUCUGUGACCCAGGUAUUGCAUUUCAGCCAUGCCUUGGAUGUCUGGCUUCAAAGUCAGGCCAGCGGCCCAAAUCUUGUCCAGAACUACCCCUAUGUGUAUAAAAUGCUCCUCCCAAGACCCACUGUAGAUCGCAAUGUCGUCCAGAUAUGCACAAGCAAAUUCCUGGAAGCCAUCGAGUAGUCUAUCCACCAUACGCUGAAAGGUAGCCGGUGCAUUCUUCAUCCCGGCAUGACCCUAAAUUGGUACAGGCCAAACGGGGUGACUUGGGGAUAGCAUCCUCGGCCAGGGGAAUCUGCCAAUAGCCCUUACACAGGUCUAUGGUAGUCAGAUAGCGCCCCCUAGUGAUUCGAUCUAGUAAUUCGUCUACCUGGGGCAUCGGGUAGGCGUCAGUGGUAGUCUUCUCAUUGAGUCGCCUGUAGUCCACACAGAACCCGGGUGGUCCUAUCUUUCUUGGGCACCAAGACCACAAGGACUAUCGGAGGGUCAUCUCCUGUAUCUUCUUUCCGCAUUCCUUCUCAGUCUGCUUCAGGGAUAAGGUAAGGGGGCUGUCGCAGGGGAGUCUGUCCAAGAGUCUCUACCUUAUGUACAGCCAGGGUCGAAAAGCCCGGCUUUUGGGAGAAAGUCGCCUGUUUCUCCCACAGCAGCCUCUGAGCCUGUUUCUUUUCCGCAGGGCUUAACCCGUCCCCUAGCUGUACAAGGCUCGUCAAGUCAGUCUGGGGGUCCCUUUCCAGUAAGUCAGGUAGAAGUAACCCCUCUGAGUUGUCUGCAGCCAGGGCACACACUGCAGCGACAUCCUCCUGUCUCUCCUGAUACUCUUUCAGCAUGUUCACAUGAAAGGAUCGCUGGAUCCUUUCAUCUGCACAGCUGGCAACGACAUAGGUAGUGUCACAGGUUACUACCUUGCUUGCAUCUUGUCUGUCUUCACAGGUUUGAGCACUAAAACCUUCUGCCCAACCUGGAAGACGCGCUGCCGGGCACCCCGAUCAUACCACCUCUUCUGUCUCCCCUGGGCCGUCUGGAGAUUCUCUCUGACCAUCAGAGACAGUUUCUCCAUGCGGUCCCCGAGUUCCAGAACCUAGGUACCUAGGUACCACAGUACAUGUCGGGGAAGAGAGUCUUACCUGGGUCUCAGCAGCAGGUGAGUUGGCACGGGUGGUCACAGGGUGGGCUUCAGCGUGGCCCGUCGGGGCAUAAGCGGACACAAGGGGGGCCAAAUCAUUCCCCAACAAGACAUCUGCAGGCAAGUCUUUCAUAACCCCCACAUGAACAUGUCUAGAGCCCACCCCCUAGUCCAGGUGAACCCGAGCCACAGGUAGCCUAAAAACGGUACCUCCGGCUACCCGUACGGCCACGGUUUCUCCGGUGUGCUGAUUCUCUGGAACAAGGUCCUUCUGCAACAGAGUCAUAGUAGCACCGGUGUCUCUCAAUCCGGUUGCUGCUUUGCCAUUCACCUUGACCAUCUGGCGAUGCUGUUGCCGGUUAUCUGGGCUAGCUGCUUGCACUGGGUCAGCCUCAUGCAGGAUACCCCAGCACUCUUCCUCCUCAACACAAUGGGCAGCCGGUACUGCUGGCCGGGGUUUCAACCCGGGAACAUUCAAUUAAGCUGCGGUUAACCGCAGCUACUGGGUGGUCAAUUGACGGCACACUCUAGCUGCAGGGAGAUCAAUUGGAGGCACACGCCAGCUUCCCAGUGGUCGCGCCUUUGUAGUUUAACAGGGGUACACAUAGGGACUGUACAGGCAGGGAAAUAAACCGAAAAAACAGACGAAUGGAGGGAAAAUAAUUGUAAUCCAUAUACAAACAGUUCUGUUACACCGUUAAUUGUAAACCAGAAGUGACACGACUGUUUGUCCGGCGGUGCUGUUAAGACUGGGCAAAGUGCUGGCAACACGAUACUUUAUGCUAAAUGCACCAUUAAGUCCUUGCACAAUGAUCACUAAUAUCCUAAUAUAGCGUGGGAAAAAAGAGAGAUGAAAGCACAAACACAUAUAUAAUUAAUGUCUUUUUUUUUUUUUUUUCUCACUCCAGUACAACACAGACAAGUAAGGUAUUCAUUAUCCAGUGAGCAUCAUCGUUAGUUUUCACAUAAAAAUCCACAGUAACAGAAAGAUUUCAGAUGAUGUCUUAACUGGGCCUUUGCUAAGAAGUGUGGAGUAAGGCUUUUUUUGGGGGGGGUUGUGAAAAAAGUAACGAAAUACCAUUAAGUGGAACUAGGUAAAUGUUCCCAUAGGGCCUUGUUGAACAACGUAAAACUGCUAAGGUUCCUGUGGAGAGUGGGCUACCUCUAUGGUGUAAUACCCUCCUGAGUUAGAGUUUAGUAAGAUCAUGUAACCUUUUAUCCAUAUAGUGGAGGAGGGAAGGAGUAACUAUGUGUGGCUCAUUAUUGGAUUCAGUAGUGAACCAGCUUGAUAACCCGUGUAAUCGGGUCUUAUUAGUCGGCCUGGGCAGAAGCGAUGUUUCAAGAGAGAUCUAGGUUGCUCCGUAAACAAAAAGUAAUAAUCAAUCAAUUAAAUAAAAGGUGUGGAAAAAUAAAUAAAUUAAUGCAACAAUAUUGGGGACAAUAAUAAAAACAUCAAUUUUGUGACAGUUCAGUGGUGGUUAGAGGACAGAGUCACUGUCGAUGCAGGUAUUGCUUUACAUUUUCCACUCCUUCAAUUAGGUAGCCUAAAAACGGUACCUCCGGAUACGUACGGCCACGGUUUCCCCGGUGUGCUGAUUCUCUGGAACAAGGUCCUUCUGCAACAGAGUCAUAGUAGCACCGGUGUCUCUCAAUCCGGUUGCUGCUUUGCCAUUCACCUUGACCAUCUGGCAAUGCUGUUGCCGGUUAUCUGGGCUAGCUGCUUGCACUGGGUCAGCCUCAUGCAGGAUACCCCAGCACUCUUCCUCCUCAACACAAUGGGCAGCCGGUACUGCUGGCCGGGGUUUCAACCCGGGAACAUUCAAUUAAACUUGCAGAACUUGCAGAAGGGGUUACAUACACCGGCACCAAUUCAGGGUAUUCCUCGUAAGUUCCGCGAAGAGCAACAGCAUGGUGCCUUCGAAGGAAAUCAGGGUUUUCCCACGAUUUGCAGCCAAAAGCAAGGUCCUGUUCUGCAGGUACUGGAACCGGAGUAUGAGAUUAGGAGCGGUGGCCUACGGUGCUUCCGCUGGCUUAGGAAAGCGGAACGUGCUGUCUAGUCUCACGGUCUUGGCCUGUUUGGGUGUGAAGAAGGCUGCCUUAAACCUCCGAAUGAAGUGAGGCAAGUGUCAUUUCCAGCGAUACCAGUACUCCACUGAGCUUGAGGUUGUACUAUAUCCGGUGAUCCUCCAAUGCAUUGAUUCUAUCUUCGGCCUUCUGCGGAUUUUUCUGUAGGUCCACAAGUCCCUUUUUCACUGCAGUCAGUCUGGCUUAGUGGUGGUGCUCUCAAUUGCCUUUUUGAAGUGGGCCAUGUCCCCCACAAAGUUCGCAUGAAGCUCUGUAAGCAUAGCUUUCAGCUGGGAUGCCGUGACCGGGUCCCGGUCCUCUGACUCCAAGAGAUUGGGUCUUGACUGCUUGCCACUGGAGGCUCCUUUACCUGAGCCCAGGGAGUAGUCCUUCGAAGAGUAGGAUGAGCCCUUGUCUAGGGGUGCCAUGUGGUCCCACGCAUCUUUCUGUGAGUUGUGAAAUAUAUCUCCAAUGUCAUGGCUCUGUGGGCUUUUAUUAGCCUUUGGUCUCUUAUAUUUACAUCCCAUAUCGUCAGGUAGUAGUAAGUAGCAUUUGGGUCUCUUAUUUCCUCCAAAAAAAUGACUUUUAGGGCAAAAGUUUGCAGAACGCUGGGAAUGUGGGACUGCUCUGGUUCACUGCUUGGCUCCACCCCAUAAUUAAUUUCUUAACAGAAUAAAAUUGUUAAAGGACCACUAUAGGCACCCAGACCACUUCAGCUUAAUGAAGUGGUCUGGGUGCAUGGUCCAUCUAGUAUUAACCCUUUCUGCCGUAAACAUAGUGUAACAGAGCUCCUUGUACUCCGACUGAGUACCCUCCGUUGACGGAUACUUCUAGUGUUUCCUGAGGACUCCAAGCAGUGCAGCAGACACCACAACCACCACAGACUCCGCAACCGCUGUAUCUUGACUGGAGUCUCGCCGUCUUCCUUCCACCCUGGAUCAGCUUCUGUCCUCCAGGACUGUGUGGGAAAGAACUCUUCCUUCUACCCUGUAUGAACCUCCAGCAUCCAGGACUGUGUGGUGAAGACCCCUCCUCCAAGGAGAGCGUGUCAGGAACAAGCUCUUAAAAGAGCUAAGUGAUUCAAGCUCAGGGGAGCAUGCAGAGCAGAGCAAUCCCCAGUGUGAUUAUAACAGCUCCCUCCAAUAACGAGACAAGGCUACAUUUAGAGGGAUCAAGAAGAACUGUCUAAACCUUUAUUUCCCUUGGGACCAGCCCAUAGGGUCACCACAAUAACAUUGUUGUGAAACCUCAAUAAAAUCAAAAACAGUCAAACCAUAGCAGGCAAAACACAGUGACUUAUCACAGCACAAUGGCACAUUUUUAAAGGGGUGGGGGAGACAAUAUUUAACAAAAUAUCUCACGUGUCUGCAGAAUUAGCAAUAUGCAAAUGUACCCAAAUAUGCAAAUGAACCAGUCUUGCUAUUCAGGUAGUGCAUAUUGCUGUUGCUGCCAACAGAGGGCACUAGACAAGCUCCAUAGCCAAACCCACCUAGUUGGUAGCAAACCUCAGCAGUACAAGAGAGCAGGCAAUACAUUACACAGUACACACACACUAUAAACAAUUACAUUACACACACUCUGCACCUAUAAUGGGUACAGGGUGACUAAAGCAUAAGAUAAAUAAAGCAGCCUACAUAAAUAGUCUGUCUGAAGGUAGACUAGGGGCUUUAAAGCCAAAUACAUGAAAGAGUCAUAGUCACAGGGGAGGAGGCUGGCAAGCAGGCCUCUCCAGUACCAAGUGGCGAAGGGCACUUCGUCACACAUAGCAGUUUCAUAGAAACUGCUAUGUUUACCUAUGGGUUAAUCCAGCCUCUAGUGGCUGUCUCAUUGACAGCCGCUAGAGGCGCUUCUCACUGUGAUUUUCACAGUGAGAAGACGCCAGCGUCCAUAGGAAAGCAUUGAGAAUGGCGGAUCCAGAAGCUAAUCUCGGGAGGGGCACUGGCAGAUCAUUUUAAGAAAUAAUCCAGGCACAAUAACCACUACAGCUCUCUGUAGUGUUUUUGGUGCCAGGAGUUUCUGUGGCGCCCUCCCAGAGUAAGUAGUCAAAAAAAGUUUGAUAACUUACCCGGGGUCUGCCGGGAUUGGGGCUGUAGUGUGUAUGUGGACAAAAGCAAACAAACAAAGGAUGGCUCUGCGCCAAUAAACAAGGUAAAUAAAUUAAAGUCCUAGUUAGGAUAGUGGUAAUUGAGUGGACUUGGGUCCUGAUGUUGGUCUCUGGAGUUGCGCUCCUCGCAGUAUCCAAAUAUAUAGGAGAGGGUGAUGAAUGAUGAAAAGGAUGAUGGUGCAGGGUGAUCCAAGAGGUGUCAAAUAUAAAUAGAAGAGGUCUUACAAUAUGUAGUGUUUAAUCCAGCUCUGGUGUUGAUAGCUUGCAGCGGUAUAAUCCCCGCUUGUAGGAUAUAGGUAUCCUCUUCAGUGCAUUGACAGACGGCCAGGGAGAGAUUAAAAAAUGGAAACAAUAAUGGUGCAGUAUGUUCCAAAAAAUGAAUAAAAAGGAAAAUUUAUUCCUACUUGCCGUAAUUUUCUUUUCCUGGUCAUAGGCCAUGGCAGCACAACAAUGGGUAGCUCCUCCCUAUCUCUAACCAGACAGGAACCUAAUUAAAACAGAUGGUAUAAGUAACACCUCCUACCCCUCCCACCCUCAGUCUUGUUUCCAGCAAUAUCCCAGGGCGGGGUCUUUGUGCUGCCAUGGCCUAUGACCAGGAAAAGAAAAUUAUGGCAAGUAGGAAUAAAUUUUCCUUUUUCCUGGCCAUAUCCAUGGCAGCACAACAAUGGGUAAUACCCAAGCAAUAACCAAGGGAGGGAAAUAAGUACACAAGACUUCCUAAAUAUGAAUGCAAAUUGACAACAUACACACACCUCAUAAGGACAUUCGAAAUGAAAAACUGAUUGCCCACUAAUGGCACAUUAUCAAAUUGACCAACUCAAAUGUACCAAAAAAAAAUGUCUGCAAAUUGAUUGUAGACUAAGCAGCCAUUUACCUACAAGUUCCAGGGAAGCUUGGCCACCGAUGCUCAAGAGGGAGAAAUGGCUCUAGAGCAAACAUAUCUUUAAGUACUGUAAUCCCUAGGGUUUAGUCGCCUAAAAAACAGCCAAGACUAUCCAUCUGCCGUUGGCUUGAAGAUCUUUGUGGUCUAUUAGUAAAGAUAAACAGAAGAAAUCCAGAAAGCGGAUCUAUAAAAAUAGAUCUUAAGGCAUCUAUCUAGGACAGGAGGAGAAAGUUUUAUUAUGGACUCUACAUUCUAUGCAAAAUAGUGCUUGAGGAUCUAAUAUCCUUCAGUCCAUGCCAAUGUCAACGAUAUAGCUAACUUAAUGUUAAGCAAAUGUGGAGAGAUAUACUCUCAUGGUUAAAAGGGGUAAAAAUUUCAGAGCCCUAAAAAAAAAAACAGGAAAGAAUUCCACGGAGAGCAAUAGAUAACCGUGGGAUCAUAUAAAUACAACCAACAGAAAUUUAGGUACUUCCAUAUUAAAGCCCUUUCACGAAAAGAGAGAUCAGAGAGUGCUGAGACAUAUCUCUGAGGUGAUGUGGCCAAUUCCUAGAUAAGUCCUGGAUUGAAGAACUUAGAACCUUCUUGGUAGUUCAAAAACCUCUUAUAUUUAAGCCCUUCUACAUUAUCGAAACCUUCAAAAUGAGGAAAGUAGCACCGGACCUGAUGGAAGAGGGAAGAACUAUUGUGGGAGAUCCCAUGGAGGCACUGAAGAAGAUAAGUAGAAGUGGAAACCCUUGGACUGGGUAUUAAUAUGGAACUGUCAGGAUGAUUGAUAUUGGCUCUUGCAACCUAUGCAGAAGAGAAAUGUUGGAUGUUAACAUAUUUGAAUUUUGAGAAAGGUUCCUCAACCCCAGUGGAUGGUAUUCAUAGUUAUCACUGUCCAAAGGAUUUCCAUAGGUAACUUAACCUCUGCCCUUGUGACAUCUUAUCAGAUCUAUGGUGGAGGACCUGGAUCAAAACUCGCUCUGCUGGAGUAAUAUGCUAGUCUUAAAAGAGCUGUACCGUGCCUUGGACCAUGUCAAACUGUAUUUGCAGCUAUACCCUGAACUGGGAGGGAGCAAGGUCACUACAGCAGACAUUCAUCUUUCAUCAUGAAGAUGUAAAAAUAAAAGUGAUGUGAGGCAAAGGAUACGUGGCAAUAAGCAUCCUGCAAAUCUAUAGACAUUAUCCAAUGUACUAGGAAUACUACCUUUUAUAAAUAAGAACGUUCAAGAAUCCUGUAAAUUAGAAUGGAUCUCCAACACCUGUUAGAAACAGAUUCUUUGUGUUCUAGUUGCUUUUUAAAAAAUUCUCACAAUAGCUUCCUCUAAUUGAAGGGAAGCCAUGAGAUUUACAAAGCAUCUCUUUUUACCUUUUCUCUUCCUCUGGUAGAAUAAUGACCACUUACAUCAAGGUUGAGAUCUGCCACACUCUCUUCAUGGUGUGAAAUACCUUGGUCUGAGAAGGAAGCUAGUGAGAAUCUUUAUAUCGAAAAGGGUCUCCCAAACCUUAGGUCUUGAAGUAGACAAGCUUUCUUGCCCUCUGCCGUUCUGUUGAACCAUUAAUAUAGGAGGAUGCAUCCGUGGACCAGGUAUUAAGCAAAAGAGCCCAGCUAAUAGACACAAAGAAAGUUAUAUUUCUGGCUAUAAUAUAAUGCAACCUAUGUAGGCUUCUUAGCUGAAGACUAUUCCCGGUUAAUGACUUGUAAAUUGUCAAGAGACAAAGGAAAUUUAUCUCUGAUAUGCUCCUCCAAUUUAUCCAUACCACUAUUAGAUCCUUAGAGAUUGAGGUAAAACCUUACAGCAAGAUGAAAGCCUGUGCCAGCUGCCACAUAGGCUUUAGAGAGGAGCAGAACCAUGUAUACUCCGUGGAGUUUCAGAGAGAUCCCGCAUUGUUUACAGGCAGAGAGGAACAUUUAGCCAGUCUAAGGACUGCAUCUACUACUUAGGAGCAGAGUCCCAGGUACUAGUGUCUGAAAUUCCAAUGGAUGAAGACUGAGAUACUCCCUUGUGUUGAAAACCUCUCUCAGUGUAGAACCAUUCCUCCAUUAAGGAUCUUAAGGGGACCGGAAACUGGAAAAGAUACUCUACACCCUCUGACAUCCGAAAAGAAAGGCUAGAGGUAAAAGGACUCUGGAAAUCAAAUGAGCGGAUUCUGGAACUACUGAAAUAGGCUGAAUAUCCUCAUCCGAUGAUUUCAUAUCUCUGAAUGGAUCCAUCUCUCAGGAUUCCUAAAAGUAUUCAUUCUGGGAAUUGUCCAGAGGAUCCAAGCUUUAACAGCUUCUAUGACGUCUUGAGAUACCUCCUGUUAAUAUUGUGUAAUACACAGGGCAUGGGUAGAAGGGCCUGUAGCCACUUUCAAACAGUCUGUGCAGAGACUUUACUUUUACAAGUAAAUACCAUACCAAGUAAUGGUAUGGACCUUGACCAUCUGGCAAUGCUGUUGCCGGUUAUCUGGGCUAGCUGCUUGCACUGGGUCAGCCUCAUGCAGGAUACCCCAGCACUCUUCCUCCUCAACACAAUGGGCAGCCGGUACUGCUGGCCGGGGUUUCAACCCGGGAACAUUCAAUUAAACUUGCAGAACUUGCAGAAGGGGUCACAUACACCGGCACCAAUUCAGGGUAUUCCUCGUAAGUUCCGCGAAGAGCAACAGCAUGGUGCCUUCGAAGGAAAUCAGGGUUUUCCCACGAUUUGCAGCCAAAAGCAAGGCCCUGUUCUGCAGGUACUGGAACCGGAGUAUGAGAUUAGGAGCGGUGGCCUACGGUGCUUCCGCUGGCUUAGGAAAGCGGAACGUGCUGUCUAGUCUCACGGUCUUGGCCUGUUUGGGUGUGAAGAAGGCUGCCUUAAACCUCCGAAUGAAGUGAGGCAAGUGUCAUUUCCAGCGAUACCAGUACUCCACUGAGCUUGAGGUUGUACUAUAUCCGGUGAUCCUCCAAUGCAUUGAUUCUAUCUUCGGCCUUCUGCGGAUUUUUCUGUAGGUCCACAAGUCCCUUUUUCACUGCAGUCAGUCUGGCUUAGUGGUGGUGCUCUCAAUUGCCUUUUUGAAGUGGGCCAUGUCCCCCACAAAGUUCGCAUGAAGCUCUGCAAGCAUAGCUUUCAGCUGGGAUGCCGUGACCGGGUCCCGGUCCUCUGACUCCAAGAGAUUGGGUCUUGACUGCUUGCCACUGGAGGCUCCUUUACCUGAGCCCAGGGAGUAGUCCUUCGAAGAGUAGGAUGAGCCCUUGUCUAGGGGUGCCAUGUGGUCCCACGCAUCUUUCUGUGAGUUGUGAAAUAUAUCUCCAAUGUCAUGGCUCUGUGGGCUUUUAUUAGCCUUUGGUCUCUUAUAUUUACAUCCCAUAUCGUCAGGUAGUAGUAAGUAGCAUUUGGGUCUCUUAUUUCCUCCAAAAAAAUGACUUUUAGGGCAAAAGUUUGCAGAACGCUGGGAAUGUGGGACUGCUCUGGUUCACUGCUUGGCUCCACCCCAUAAUUAAUUUCUUAACAGAAUAAAUUUGUUAAAGGACCACUAUAGGCACCCAGACCACUUCAGCUUAAUGAAGUGGUCUGGGUGCAUGGUCCAUCUAGUAUUAACCCUUUCUGCUGUAAACAUAGUGUAACAGAGCUCCUUGUACUCCGACUGAGUACCCUCCGUUGACGGAUACUCCUAGUGUUUCCUGAGGACUCCAAGCAGUGCAGCAGACACCACAACCACCACAGACUCCGCAACCGCUGUAUCUUGACUGGAGUCUCGCCGUCUUCCUUCCACCCUGGAUCAGCUUCUGUCCUCCAGGACUGUGUGGGAAAGAACUCUUCCUUCUACCCUGUAUGAACCUCCAGCAUCCAGGACUGUGUGGUGAAGACCCCUCCUCCAAGGAGAGCGUGUCAGGAACAAGCUCUUAAAAGAGCUAAGUGAUUCAAGCUCAGGGGAGCAUGCAGAGCAGAGCAAUCCGCAGUGUGAUUAUAACAGCUCCCUCCAAUAACGAGACAAGGCUACAUUUAGAGGGAUCAAGAAGAACUGUCUAAACCUUUAUUUCCCUUGGGACCAGCCCAUAGGGUCACCACAAUAACAUUGUUGUGAAACCUCAAUAAAAUCAAAAACAGUCAAACCAUAGCAGGCAAAACACAGUGACUUAUCACAGCACAAUGGCACAUUUUUAAAGGGGUGGGGGAGACAAUAUUUAACAAAAUAUCUCACGUGUCUGCAGAAUUAGCAAUAUGCAAAUGUACCCGAAUAUGCAAAUGAACCAGUCUUGCUAUUCAGGUAGUGCAUAUUGCUGUUGCUGCCAACAGAGGGCACUAGACAAGCUCCAUAGCCAAACCCACCUAGUUGGUAGCAAACCUCAGCAGUACAAGAGAGCAGGCAAUACAUUACACAGUACACACACACUAUAAACAAUUACAUUACACACACUCUGCACCUAUAAUGGGUACAGGGUGACUAAAGCAUAAGAUAAAUAAAGCAGCCUACAUAAAUAGUCUGUCUGAAGGUAGACUAGGGGCUUUAAAGCCAAAUACAUAAAAGAGUCAUAGUCACAGGGGAGGAGGCUGGCAAGCAGGCCUCUCCAGUACCAAGUGGCGAAGGGCACUUCGUCACACAUAGCAGUUUCAUAGAAACUGCUAUGUUUACCUAUGGGUUAAUCCAGCCUCUAGUGGCUGUCUCAUUGACAGCCGCUAGAGGCGCUUCUCACUGUGAUUUUCACAGUGAGAAGACGCCAGCGUCCAUAGGAAAGCAUUGAGAAUGGCGGAUCCAGAAGCUAAUCUCGGGAGGGGCACUGGCAGAUCAUUUUAAGAAAUAAUCCAGGCACAAUAACCACUACAGCUCUCUGUAGUGUUUUUGGUGCCAGGAGUUUCUGUGGCGCCCUCCCAGAGUAAGUAGUCAAAAAAAGUUUGAUAACUUACCCGGGGUCUGCCGGGAUUGGGGCUGUAGUGUGUAUGUGGACAAAAGCAAACAAACAAAGGAUGGCUCUGCGCCAAUAAACAAGGUAAAUAAAUUAAAGUCCUAGUUAGGAUAGUGGUAAUUGAGUGGACUUGGGUCCUGAUGUUGGUCUCUGGAGUUGCGCUCCUCGCAGUAUCCAAAUAUAUAGGAGAGGGUGAUGAAUGAUGAAAAGGAUGAUGGUGCAGGGUGAUCCAAGAGGUGUCAAAUAUAAAUAGAAGAGGUCUUACAAUAUGUAGUGUUUAAUCCAGCUCUGGUGUUGAUAGCUUGCAGCGGUAUAAUCCCCGCUUGUAGGAUAUAGGUAUCCUCUUCAGUGCAUUGACAGACGGCCAGGGAGAGAUUAAAAAAUGGAAACAAUAAUGGUGCAGUAUGUUCCAAAAAAUGAAUAAAAAGGAAAAUUUAUUCCUACUUGCCGUAAUUUUCUUUUCCUGGUCAUAGGCCAUGGCAGCACAACAAUGGGUAGCUCCUCCCUAUCUCUAACCAGACAGGAACCUAAUUAAAACAGAUGGUAUAAGUAACACCUCCUACCCCUCCCACCCUCAGUCUUGUUUCCAGCAAUAUCCCAGGGCGGGGUCUUUGUGCUGCCAUGGCCUAUGACCAGGAAAAGAAAAUUAUGGCAAGUAGGAAUAAAUUUUCCUUUUUCCUGGCCAUAUCCAUGGCAGCACAACAAUGGGUAAUACCCAAGCAAUAACCAAGGGAGGGAAAUAAGUACACAAGACUUCCUAAAUAUGAAUGCAAAUUGACAACAUACACACACCUCAUAAGGACAUUCGAAAUGAAAAACUGAUUGCCCACUAAUGGCACAUUAUCAAAUUGACCAACUCAAAUGUACCAAAAAAAAAUGUCUGCAAAUUGAUUGUAGACUAAGCAGCCAUUUACCUACAAGUUCCAGGGAAGCUUGGCCACCGAUGCUCAAGAGGGAGAAAUGGCUCUAGAGCAAACAUAUCUUUAAGUACUGUAAUCCCUAGGGUUUAGUCGCCUAAAAAACAGCCAAGACUAUCCAUCUGCCGUUGGCUUGAAGAUCUUUGUGGUCUAUUAGUAAAGAUAAACAGAAGAAAUCCAGAAAGCGGAUCUAUAAAAAUAGAUCUUAAGGCAUCUAUCUAGGACAGGAGGAGAAAGUUUUAUUAUGGACUCUACAUUCAAUGCAAAAUAGUGCUUGAGGAUCUAAUAUCCUUCAGUCCAUGCCAAUGUCAACGAUAUAGCUAACUUAAUGUUAAGCAAAUGUGGAGAGAUAUACUCUCAUGGUUAAAAGGGGUAAAAAUUUCAGAGCCCUAAAAAAAAAAACAGGAAAGAAUUCCACGGAGAGCAAUAGAUAACCGUGGGAUCAUAUAAAUACAACCAACAGAAAUUUAGGUACUUCCAUAUUAAAGCCCUUUCACGAAAAGAGAGAUCAGAGAGUGCUGAGACAUAUCUCUGAGGUGAUGUGGCCAAUUCCUAGAUAAGUCCUGGAUUGAAGAACUUAGAACCUUCUUGGUAGUUCAAAAACCUCUUAUAUUUAAGCCCUUCUACAUUAUCGAAACCUUCAAAAUGAGGAAAGUAGCACCGGACCUGAUGGAAGAGGGAAGAACUAUUGUGGGAGAUCCCAUGGAGGCACUGAAGAAGAUAAGUAGAAGUGGAAACCCUUGGACUGGGUAUUAAUAUGGAACUGUCAGGAUGAUUGAUAUUGGCUCUUGCAACCUAUGCAGAAGAGAAAUGUUGGAUGUUAACAUAUUUGAAUUUUGAGAAAGGUUCCUCAACCCCAGUGGAUGGUAUUCAUAGUUAUCACUGUCCAAAGGAUUUCCAUAGGUAACUUAACCUCUGCCCUUGUGACAUCUUAUCAGAUCUAUGGUGGAGGACCUGGAUCAAAACUCGCUCUGCUGGAGUAAUAUGCUAGUCUUAAAAGAGCUGUACCGUGCCUUGGACCAUGUCAAACUGUAUUUGCAGCUAUACCCUGAACUGGGAGGGAGCAAGGUCACUACAGCAGACAUUCAUCUUUCAUCAUGAAGAUGUAAAAAUAAAAGUGAUGUGAGGCAAAGGAUACGUGGCAAUAAGCAUCCUGCAAAUCUAUAGACAUUAUCCAAUGUACUAGGAAUACUACCUUUUAUAAAUAAGAACGUUCAAGAAUCCUGUAAAUUAGAAUGGAUCUCCAACACCUGUUAGAAACAGAUUCUUUGUGUUCUAGUUGCUUUUUAAAAAAUUCUCACAAUAGCUUCCUCUAAUUGAAGGGAAGCCAUGAGAUUUACAAAGCAUCUCUUUUUACCUUUUCUCUUCCUCUGGUAGAAUAAUGACCACUUACAUCAAGGUUGAGAUCUGCCACACUCUCUUCAUGGUGUGAAAUACCUUGGUCUGAGAAGGAAGCUAGUGAGAAUCUUUAUAUCGAAAAGGGUCUCCCAAACCUUAGGUCUUGAAGUAGACAAGCUUUCUUGCCCUCUGCCGUUCUGUUGAACCAUUAAUAUAGGAGGAUGCAUCCGUGGACCAGGUAUUAAGCAAAAGAGCCCAGCUAAUAGACACAAAGAAAGUUAUAUUUCUGGCUAUAAUAUAAUGCAACCUAUGUAGGCUUCUUAGCUGAAGACUAUUCCCGGUUAAUGACUUGUAAAUUGUCAAGAGACAAAGGAAAUUUAUCUCUGAUAUGCUCCUCCAAUUUAUCCAUACCACUAUUAGAUCCUUAGAGAUUGAGGUAAAACCUUACAACAAGAUGAAAGCCUGUGCCAGCUGCCACAUAGGCUUUAGAGAGGAGCAGAACCAUGUAUACUCCGUGGAGUUUCAGAGAGAUCCCGCAUUGUUUACAGGCAGAGAGGAACAUUUAGCCAGUCUAAGGACUGCAUCUACUACUUAGGAGCAGAGUCCCAGGUACUAGUGUCUGAAAUUCCAAUGGAUGAAGACUGAGAUACUCCCUUGUGUUGAAAACCUCUCUCAGUGUAGAACCAUUCCUCCAUUAAGGAUCUUAAGGGGACCGGAAACUGGAAAAGAUACUCUACACCCUCUGACAUCCGAAAAGAAAGGCUAGAGGUAAAAGGACUCUGGAAAUCAAAUGAGCGGAUUCUGGAACUACUGAAAUAGGCUGAAUAUCCUCAUCCGAUGAUUUCAUAUCUCUGAAUGGAUCCAUCUCCCAGGAUUCCUAAAAGUAUUCAUUCUGGGAAUUGUCCAGAGGAUCCAAGCUUUAACAGCUUCUAUGACGUCUUGAGAUACCUCCUGUUAAUAUUGUGUAAUACACAGGGCAUGGGUAGAAGGGCCUGUAGCCACUUUCAAACAGUCUGUGCAGAGACUUUACUUUUACAAGGAGCUAUCAUCAUAGGGAAUUCCAAUUAUUGAUAGGCACUCUUUUGUUUAGUAAUGACAGAAAAAAUAGAAUGGCUUACCUAUGUCUCUUAGAGUGUGACCUUUUUUCUGGGGGCAGAGGGAUCUGAAUCCAUAACUGCAUAAGAUUUCUUUUUAUCCUUUACAAAGAAAAUCUCUGCUAAAUAAGUAGAGGUUGAUAGAUAUAGAAAAAUAAGUAAUAUACCUUUGAUAAAGAAAAACUUACCAAAACCAAAAAGAAGAAUUCAAGUUAAGAUGGAAACUGCACACAAAUCUAAUUACUUAAUAUAGGAAAAACCUAUAAGAAAACAUUGUGCUGAAAAGGGGAAGCCAAUUUGACCCUGCAACCUCUGCAACUGGGCUUACAUUUUAGAAUACGCACGAGCGAAUAAGAUUUCCGUGCAUGCGCGGUAAUGGCAAGGCGCGACCAUUGGACUAGCACUUCGUAUUCGCAGGUGAUUAAACGCAGAGGAAAAAACCUGAAUGGGCCCAAAAGUAAUAAUGGAAACUUAGGGACUUAAAAUAAAACAGGUUGAAAGGCUGAGAUAGAGGAACAGAACAGCGAAUAGCCUAUUACCAAGUACAGAGACAUUGAAAUAGGAUAAUAAAUUUAGUGAAUACAUAAAACCAACAUUAGAGGCAUAUAAUAAUGAAAUUAAAAAGCACAUAGAAUAAGUGAACCCAGCAGCUGUUUAAAAGGCACUAGAAACAAUUAUUGCAAAUCUUGAACCAGGAAAGAGACAUUCAGAUAUUUUCUGGUUUCCAAGUGUACACAUUUUAUUUUUAAUUAAGGACUGAGUCAGCCCCGCAGGGAAUUGAACUGGCGAGCCCCAAGUGACAAACAGAUUCUACUGAUUAAGUAUUAGCCCACUGAACUAUCUCACCAUACUCAGGUGAGACACCUGCAAUAAAAGGUUUAACAGAGGCCUAGGAAUAAGUAAAUCCAGCGGUUAUAAUAAAAGGCCCAACAGAGGCCUAGGAAAAAGCUCGCUGCUAUAUUAAAAGGCAUAACAAAUGCCUAGGAAAAGGUGACUCCUAUGGCUGUAUUAAAAGAUACAGAGGCUUAGGAGUAAGAUAUAGGAGCCUAUGAGUAAGUGACUCCAGUUAAAAGGCCCAGCAGAGGCCUAGGAAUAAGUAAUCCAGUGCUUAUAUUAAAAGGCCCAACAGAGGCCUAGGAAUAAGACACAGAGGCCUAGGAAUAAGACACAGAGGCCUAGGAAUAGGUAACCCAUUGGAUAUAUUAAAAGACACAGAGGCCUUGGAAUAGGUAACCCAGUGGAUAUAUUAAAAGACACAGAGGCCUAGGAAUAAGACACAGAAGCCUAGGAUAAGUUUGAUAGAAAUUCAGAUUAGCAGGAAUCUCUUACCGUUUAGAUGAAACCGAUGAAGGGUAGAAGGGGUUAUACCCAUAUAUUUGCUCUGUAUGUGCCUGCCCAGCCUGGUACCCCUUGGUUACUGCAGGAAAUAGGCUGAUGACAAAAUCUUGCUGCCUUUAGGGUCACAGCAAGUAAAUCCAUGGCAAAUUAAAAGAUAGUGAGUUGUACUUUAACCCUUUCAGCGAUGGAAUGCUAGUCUGUCUCACAUUAACUCCUUCAGCAAUGGAAUGUUAGUCAAUGUCAUAUUAAUCCUUGCAAUCCAUGUGCUCUGUAUGUGCAUGUCCGGCCUGCUACCUCUUGGUCACUGCAGGAGACAGGAUGAUGGCAUAAUCUUGCUACCCCUAGGGUCACAGCAAGUUAGAACCCCCGGUCACUAAAGGGGUCUCUCCAGGGGGUCACCUUUGCACAGGGCCGUGUACUGGAGACUGCCCCAGGGAGAGAGGCUGAACUCCCUUGAGGGAGAAGAAGGUAACAACCCUCAGGUAAGCCAAAAAGAAAAAAUUCUCUAGUCUUAGAAUGACUAAAUCUGUCCUAGGGAUAGGACAGGAACAAAAAGACUGAGGGUGGGGGGUGGGGGGGGGGUUACUUAUACCUUCUGUUUUAAUUAGGUUCCUGUCUGGUUAGGGAUAGGGAGGCGCUACCCAUUGUUGUGCUGCCAUGGAUAUGGCCAGGAAAAGAUGAUACACUCACAUUGGGUAGAGCUUAUACUAGCUCUAGUGUAGUAGGCAUACAGCGGUAUGAUCCCUGCCUCUAGGAUAUAUGAUGAGUGUUCUUAGAGAUGGUAUCAGGAGCUCAGAGAGAAGAUAAUAAAACAGCAAUAGUGCUCUCAAUAAAAUAUUUAUGGUUUAUAAAAUAUAGUAAAAUAUAAUCACAGUAUAUAGGGCAGGCUAACUGCUAUAUGAUAAGGGCAUAGGUGGUAUGAUCCCCACCUGGGAUUCUUUGGAGUAUAGUAAAAACUUAGAUAAAAUAAAAAUAAAUAUAAAAAGCCAGGUAAUAGUAAAAAAAUACCGCUUCUUAUUUGGCUAGGGAGGGGGGAUAGGACAUUCCCUGAUGGUCCGGUGGCAUGGAAUAUGCAGUGGGGGCCCACAGCAAGCGCUUACUUAACUUCCCUUCAGCCCCCUGUUUAAAUCUCGUGGCUAGCGUGCCACAUGGAGCGUUGCUAUGGUAACCCAUGGCUUUGCUCUGACGGCCGUGGAACUCGGGAGGUUUAGACAGUGGAGCUGCUGGGAAGGUAAGUAAGAGCUUGCUGCCCCCCAAGACCGCUGGGCUUGUCAUCGACCCAGCGGUCCUGGUCUGUAUUAUCGGCAAUAUUGCAGAGAAUACCGAAUAUUGGCCAAUAACAUCGGCCAGACCAAUAAUCUGUCGAUCCCUACUAUAAAAAAAAAUUAAUUCUAUAAUAAAAUGGCACAGCUCAAAGUUAUGAUCAGGCCAUAUGAUUGCAAUAUAUUGAGAUUGAAGAUCGAUUGCAUCUCUGCUUGGACACUUUUUUAAAUCCAAUCUCCGCCUCUCCAGUCCCUUUUUAUUUUCUGGUUACCAAAAAAUUUUUUAUUUCGCGAUGGUACGCUGAGUUUCUGAUAUGUUCUUGUAUUCUUAUUGUGAACUGAGCCUAUCCGAGCUUGCUCUUUUUCAUGUGAUUGUGUCCUAGUUAUAUAGUACACCUAACUAUAUUACACUAAAUGGGUUUUAUCUUUUCAGUUUUUACUAUUACUAUAACCCCUAUAGGAGGAAGUGUUAUUGUCAAACACGCUCCACUAUAUAAUCUAGUGGUGAUUUGUUGUCAUUCAGUUUAUGUUUCCGUUAAAUCACUUUUGUUUCUAUGUAUGCAGGACUAACCACACCUCACCUAGCUGUGACUGACACAGCCUCCAUAAAAAUAUGAUUUUAUUAAAGGACACGGAGGCUCAUAUUGUGCUUUCUCUUUCUUUAUUAUACCUCAGCAGCAAAGAAAAAAUGUAUAAACAUUAAAGAAACCAAACUAAACUGAGUACUCAAAGCGUUAACAUAGUCUGUUAUCCUUAACCAAUAGGAACAGUCCUUCUAUCCAUAACCACCCAUGUGACCUUUCCUCUCCCUCUUUCUUUGCUGCUGCCUCAGCUAAGUAUCACCUAAUUUUGGCUCUCCAAAAUUCUGUUCUUAAUGUGGAUGAUUAGAUUGCUAUUUAUGGUUAUUGUUAAUUGUUUCUUCAUAGUUGAUGAGUUUUUCCUUUAAGUUGUAUAAUUUUGUGUUUGCUGUGUUUUGGGGGAGUGCUGGGAGGCUGGAUCCUGAGGGCUGCCCCUUGGGACAUUCCUGAUAGGACUGUCGGUUCCUUUCUUUUGUGCCUGCUUUUAUUUACGUGUUGGGAGAUGUACAGCUUCCCUCCCUCCCUCCCUUCCCCUCCCUGUCGGGUAGUUUAUUACCCGUGCACCGGUUGUUUCGGCGGCUUACCAGCUGAUCUCAGCAUUGUCAGCUCGGGUCUGCGCGCGCAUGCACAUUCGCGGCCGCAUAACGCGGCGGCCAUUUUAAGUGCCGGCUUCUCUGCGUUUUUUUGCCGCGUUUUUCCUCCGACACUCCCAGCCUCCUGAAGGGCGGGAGUGUUCGGAGUGGGUGUGGGCUGAGGCUGUCAGCUUACUAGUGUCCCCCCUGCUGCCAUUCCGUAGGGGAACACUAGGUAAGCUGACAGCUUGUCUGUGCCUUGCCCUAGCACCCUGCUUAGUUCCAGUCCUUUAGGUUUGGGACAAUACCUAAUAGUUAACUCUCCCUGGGGCUUAAAGUGGCAGGCUAGUGGGUGAUUAUAGCCACAUUAUUAAUUCCAUAUAAGCCAUAAGGGGUACCUUAAAGGGCCAGCAGUAUAAAAUUAUUACCUCUCUUGCCAUAGGGUGGUACAAAACCCCAGUCCUAGUGUCAUCAUGCAACACCCCAAAGAUCAGGAGCGGGUCACUGUGACUAUAGGCAGCCUGGGCACCACAUCUCGUGGGUCCCUGGUUCCGCAGCCUAUCUCCUCUCAAAGGGAGGAGGUGGGGUCAGUGGAGCAACUGAACUCGGAAGAGUUCCAUUCUCUGCUGGAUGCAACCAUGGCAAAAUCAGUCACACAAGCAAUCUACACAGCGAUGGGGGCGAUGUCAGAUAAUCUGACCCAAUCCAUCAGUAACGCCAUCAUGGCGUCUAGCCACAGCUCCAACUACCACGGCUCCAAGGCCCAAGAUGAUAAGCCUGCUCCCCUUAGCGGUCGCAAGGCUACUGCAAAGACCCAUCACAUGGGCAAACAAGCCUCCAAAACAUAUAUGACGGACAGGUUGCGUCCUGUCACUGAUGAGGACGUGGGGCCCCACAUAAAAGAGCCUCCCACCGGGCAAAAACGGUGCGGUCAUGGAAAUGGGCGAAAGCCGGGAGAGAAAUAUCCGACUCUGAUUCGGACCAAGAGGAGGUAUUGAGUGAGUCUGAAGACGUGGGCUCACUGGAAUCGGAGAACUCUUCUCCGGAACGCAGUUUCUCUGGUAGGCCACCCACCAAGGGUCAAGACAAAGCAGAUGAGUCCGUUAUCCUAGAUCCGUAAGGGGAACCUCUAUUUAACCCUGACGACCUUCAACAUCCUAGGUCGACAGAAUGGUUCCCGGCGGACCACGUGGCCCAGUAUAUAGCAGCCAGAAUAAGAAAGCCCCUAGACAAGGCUACCAGGAAUAAGUUGAGGGCUGAAUGCCCGCGCCCAACGGUGCCAGAUAUGGUGUGUGCGCCACGCCAGAACUAGACCCAAAGAUUGCCCAAUUUUUGGGAAAGUCGGGCUGGAAAGCCAAGAAAGGGCUAGAUUAUUCGCUACGCCACUGCCAAGAUAAAGUACUUGACUUGCUAGGCCCCAGCGCAAAAAUCUUCAACAUGGUCAAAGAGACGAUUUCAAGUGGCACGCCAGUGGACCUCUUGGCUAUCCGAGAGUGGGCACAACGAUAUGUCUUAUUGGCAAUUCCAAUGCAACGCUUUGUACAGAAAGACGCAAAGCGGUCCUCAUGAAAAUUGACCCGAAACUGGUCAACAUGGCCAUUGCUGAACCCGGGCCGCAGGCAAAGGGCCUCCUCUUCGGAGAUAGUUUUGUCAAGGAAUUAGGCAAUUAUGUUAGUAUGUUUACGGCCCUGGACAAGGCACAAACAAACUUGAAGCGGGUGUUCCCCCCGAAGGUUUUUGGGGGGGCUGGCAGACAACAGGGCCGUCUGUCCAGCCGGUCAUCACGGGGCUCCUAUCGGGGCUACCGAGGCUCCCCCGCACCCAGAUUUCCACAGCCGGACGUCAGGAACCCUUCCCCAUUCUUUCCUGUCAGGGGCAGGCCAUGGCAGCCCAGAGGGCGCAGAGGCGCUACAUACGGCCGACGACCUUAUGGUGAGUACCCUUCCUACUUCCCGGUAUUGUACUUCAUCUGUAGGGGGCAGACUAUCCCAUUUUAUCGGGGCAUGGCACGGACUCACGUCCGAUGCCUGGGUUCUCAACACUGUUGUAGGGUAUCAGAUAGAAUUUGUACAAACCCCAGUCCAACCGGCAGCCCCUCGACCAAUGGUGUUUACCCCGCGGGACAAGAGUCUCGUGUCACAGGAAAUCAGGGCAUUAAGGGAGAAGGGCGCGAUUUAUCGAGUCGCGUAUCAUUCUCCAGGUUUCCUGAGCAAUCUAUUUCUGGUCCCCAAAAAGGGCGGUGGGGUAAGACCGGUGAUAAACCUACGCCCCCUCAACGCGUUCGUACGGUAUCACCACUUCAAAAUGGAGGGGAUCCAUUGUCUGCGGGACCUCCUCAGGCUGGAAGACUGGAUGGUCAAAUUGGACCUCCAGGAUGCCUAUUUUACCGUCCCCAUCGCGGAGGAAUGUUGUCACCUCCUCCAGUUCCAGUGGAACGAGCAGAUGUGGAGGUUCAGGUGCCUCCCUUUUGGCCUGUCUUCCGCUCCGUGGUGCUUUACGAAGCUCUAGAAACCGGUGGUGGCGCUGCUACGCAGCAGAGGAGUGCGCAUGAUCAUCUAUUUGGACGAUAUAUUGAUCAUGGCGCAGGAGGUAAGCCUACUCCGACAACACUUGUCGUGGGCAAUACAGCUUUUGCGCAACCUCGGUUUUCUCAUCAAUUGGGAGAAGUUGGUGUUGAUUCCCUCACAGUCCAUGGAAUUCCUAGGGUUCACUAUUAAAGCAGUCCAGGGAACAUUGCAUUUACCGCAGGAAAAGAUCAAGAUCAUCAAAAAGGAGAUCCACAGAACGCUACGUCGACCGACGCUCACGGUGCGACAGCUAGCCAGGAUAAUUGGACUCCUCUCAGCCUCCAUUCAGGCGAUCUUCCCCGGACCUCUACACUACAGGGCUCUACAGAGAUUGAAAACCACACCUCUACAAUCAGGUCGAUCCUACUCAGACUCUGUUCCACUAGAUCACACAGCCAAGGCGCCUCUGGAUGCAACACAUGGAGGCGUGGAACGGCAAAGCGAUUUUUGGCAGCGCCCCGGAUUGCAUAAUAGAAACCAAUGCAAGCACGCAGGGCUGGGGAGUGCGUUGUGGUCAUAUUUCCACAGGCGGAAGAUGGUCCCAGUCGGAAAGAUCGAUGCAUAUCAACGGCUUGGAACUCAUGGCGGGAUCAUUCGCACUGAGAAGUCUUCUGGGAGCCAGGACACAUUGUUCCAUCGUCCUACGAAUGGACAACAUAUCAGCGGUGCAAUACAUCAACCGCCUGGGCGGCACCAGAUCCAAGCUUUUGGCGGACUUAGCCACGGAAUUCUGGCAGUUUUUCCUGGAUCGCAACAUCUCAGUACAGGCCGAAUACAUCCCGGGCCUCUCGAAUACGGUGGCGGAUUGGAAUUCCAGAUACCUGCGGGACAACAGCGAUUGGCGACUGAAUCGCGCAGUAUUCCUGUGAUUGCAAACACUGUGGGGCCCAAUGCACAUGGAUCUGUUUGCAUCUCGUUUGAAUACGCACCUACCGGAGUUCUUCAGCUGGAGGCCGGACCUGGAAGCAGUGGCUACGGAUGCGUUCCUCCAGACAUGGCCGAGGAAGAGACUCUAUGCAUUCCCACCGUUCGCUCUGCCAGCACGAACACUGGUCCAUCUCGGCCGCUCGCAGACGACUUUAGUGUUAAUAACACCAUUCUGGACGACACAACCAUGGUUCCCUUCCCUCAUGGAGAUGUCUAUAGACCUCCCCAGAAUGCUACCGGCGGACCCUCAUCUCUUGGCGGAUCCGGAAGGGAACUCACACCCGUUAUUGCUGCAAGGGCAACUCAGGCUACUAGCGUGACUCCUUUCAGGGGACCCUGGGUCGUACCGGAGGUUCUACGGACGACGCUGGAACUACUGGAGGGGGCCUGGGCACCAGGAACUCGGAGUUCCUACAGACGGGCAUGGAGUGGUUGGUGCAUGGUAGCCCGUAUGUGCCCCUUUAAACAGCAUUCUAAGUUUCUUGACAUGGUUGUUCGAGCAAGGUCUAGCCUACCGGACUAUUAACAGCUAUAGGUCAGCGAUUUCGGCCGGACAUCACGGGCUAGACGGUGCACCGAUAGGGAGACACACAAUGGUGUGCAGACUCCUACGUGGUGUUCGUUUUGCAAGACCCCCACGACCCAGGUAUACAUCAACGUGGGAUGUAAACUUAGUCCUGAAUUUGUUGGAGCAAUGGCCACAGAACUCCGACCUUACGCUGAAACAGUUAUCAGCGAAACUAGCAAUGCUCUUCUGCUUGAUAUCAUGUAAAAGGGUAUCCGAGGUGCGAGCAUUGGAUGUGGAUGCACGUUCGUUCAAUCCAUCGGGAGUGACGUUUAACAUUUCCAGACGUACAAAAACUGCGAUUUUGACGGUAUCCUAUCCAGCGUUCCCUCACAAUGUAAAUCUAUGCCCUAUAGUUUGUCUCAAAGAGUAUGAGGAACAAACACAGGCAUUACGAGACCCUAAUAGACAUGAACUAUUUAUAGCCAUCAAGGCACCACAUCACCCAGUAUCGUCGGUUACGAUAGCUCGAUGGGUGAAAUGGGUAAUGCCCUUCGCAAAUAUUGAUACCUCCAUGUACAAGGCACAUUCCACUAGGGGGGCUACUGCGACCAAAGCAUUUACGUUAGACUGUAGAUUGGAAGAUCUUUUACGUACAGUGGAUUGGUCACGGGAGUCCACUUUUAAAGAAUAUUAUUUUAGCCCUACAGAACACGUCACGUCUUCAGUCAUUGCUCAGGUUUAAACUAGCACAAUAUGAGCCUCCGUGUCCUUUAAUAAAAUUACCAGAUUUUACUGAUUUCAUGACGUAAAGUCAUGAUUUUAUAAAGGACACGGAGGCGAGUAUUGGCCCACCCGAGAAGGAUCGCGGUGAUGACAUGGUAAGUACCGCGAAGUUGGUAUUAGAUAAAAGAUGAGAUCCGAACUCCCACCCAGUAAGUUGAAUUGAUAAGAAUUAUAGUGAGGUUGGUAUGAUGUUUAGAGCAUGAUAAGUUUCAGACAUGUGACAUAAGGCAGUCUACAGCAGGUAAGGUAGUCUGUAGAGGUUGUCAGGUAUAAUAAGGACUAUUGGUGGAGUAUGUAACAUACAGUCGCUAGACCACACGUUACCAUAUUUCUUUUCUCUCCCGUUUCAGCUUAACGACUUCAAGUCGACGACAUGGAUGAUUGGUUAUCGUCUCCGUUCAGUUGGUUAAUGUUUGCUAUGGAGAAGAUAACGAAGCACCGAUUAUGGGUCAAGUCAUCUCGCAAGGUUCUACAGUUCGGCUUCAGCAGGAUCAAAGAAAGAGGGAGAGGAAAGGUCACAUGGGUGGUUAUGGAUAGAAGGACUGUUCCUAUUGGUUAAGGAUAACAGACUAUGUUAACCCUUUGAGUACGCAGUUUAGUUUGGUUUCUUUAAUGUUUAUAAAUUUUUUCUUUGCUGCUGAGGUAUAAUAAAGAAAGAGAAAGCACAAUACUCGCCUCCGUGUCCUUUAUAAAAUCAUGAUUUUACGUCAUGAAAUUAGUAAAAUCUGGUAAUUUCAUUUUCAAUCAGAUGUUUUUAUCUCCUGCUCGGUAAAUUAAACUUUAAUCACAUGCAGAAGGCUCCUGCAGUGGCUAGCAGGAAAUCUGAAAUUCUUCAUUAAACUGACUGUGCAAUAAAGGAAGUUUAAUCGUAGUUACACACGCUGAAAAGAGACUUGCCACCUUUUUCACAUCUGUUUCUGCUGUCCAAAAAAGGCAAAAAAAAGUUUGUUUUUCCAAUUUUGCAACAAACUAGGAAUAUCUUCCUUCUCAACCCCAGAAUGGCAGUCUGAUCUCUCCUUAGAUCCAGAAGCUGUUACCCCACUAAUUAAAAGUUAUAUCCAUGAAUGUUAGGUUUUUGUAAUUAUUCAUCCAUUUGGUGUUUAAACAUCUGUACGAACUCUGAUAAAACCUCCUCUUCAGGCAGAGAAUUCUACAUCCUGUUCUUACAUUAAAAAAAAAACACUUUCCUGUGCCUUUGCUAAAUCCCAUCUUCCCUCCCUCGCACCCCCCACUAGUUUAAAAUCUCCUCCAAUCUUCUAGACAUCCUGUCCCCAAGCACAGCAGACACUCUUCUAUUUAGGUCCAAUCCAUUACGGCUAUAAAGAUUGUACCCAAGCGCAAAACCAGCCCAAUGCUCUAAGAAGCAAAAACCCUCCUUCCUACACCAUGAAUUUAGCCACGCAUUAGCCUCCCUAAUCUCCUGCUGCCUUUCUACUGUAGUGUGGCACAGGUAAUAUUGCUGAAAAUGCCACCUUGGAGGUCCUUUUCUUCAGUUUGCAUCCUAGCUCCCUGAACUCAUUCUUUAGGACCUUACAUUUUCCAGUGACUUUGUCAUUGGUACGAAUAUGGACCAUGACGGCCUGGUCAUUCCCAGCCCCUCCCAAUAAUCCAUCCACACUGUCAGCAACGUGCCGCACCCGGCACCCAUAAGACAGACUGGUUGAGAUGAUCAGAGCAGCAGAUUAUUAUCUCCUCUCUUAAUCAUAGAGUCAACUAUCACCACAACCUGUCUAGCCUUCCUUACCUUCUCAGUUCUUCCCGUUCUAGAGAGGGGCUCUUGCCUCGGCUGGUAGAAGGAACAGUUUCAUCCAGUACAGCUCCUCUCGAGCUGAUGCUCCCAACAUCUUCACUCAAACGGGCAAAUCGGUUAGGCUGCACAAAGUCAGGACUAGCUAAACCUUUUCUUCCCCCAACCCCCUUUCUACCACGUGUAACUGUCACCCAAACACCUGCCUGUUCCCCAGCUGUCUUAUAUUCUCCACACUUCACCAACUGCCUCCACUAAACUCUGCUCAAUAAGAAGCAGACUCCUCUCAAUCGUGUUGAUCUCCUCAAGUGUUGCAAUUUGCUUCUCCAGAUGUCCAAUCUGAGCUGCCAGAGAAGCAACUCACACUUAUCACAGAGAUAUGUUUCCUGGACGGAUUCAUCCAAGCAUGCAUACAUGUAGCAAGAUGUGCAAUGAGUCAAACCUUCAAUCUUGCCAACACUAAUUUCCCCAGAUAGAAAAAAACAAGUAUGCAGGACUACUCUAUACAUAAUAAAUACCUUGUGUGUUUAAACUCGUACUUAAAAAUAGCCCAUUUAAAAGAAACUACAUUUAAGAAACUGCAAGUGAGAAAGCUCACUAGGGCUGCAUAAACAAAGUGAUUUAACUCCUAAAUAGCAAAUAAUUCAGUAGUGAAACUAUGGGGGCAUGAUCUAUACAACAAAACGCCUUCAUAAUGCUAAAGUUGUUUUGGUGCUUUUUUUUUUUUUUUUAAUCAAUCUUUGUUUUAUUGAGAUGAUAGCAUGAAACACACAAGGAUCAAAAUGACAUCAGAGUUUGACAGCUUAAUACAAAUAUGUGAUCCACAAUUCCAGUCAUAGACUUUGCUGAAUGACAAUAACAUCAUUUUUUUUUUUUUUUUUUUAAGAAAUAGUGUAGUGGAGAGCUAGUUAUAGCAGCAGGACUUUUUCUCUGCUGGUUACUCCAACAGCUACUCAGGAACAUGCAGGAUACUUCAAGAAGGCGGGCAUAAGCAUAUAAUCAUGAAUAUCCCAUCACCCUUCCCAAUAACUGGACAACACUCAGUAUUAGGAGCAGAACUGAACUUUUAAUGGCCAGGCUGGCCUUUUAUGCAGGUUUUUAACCAAAAGGUUACCACCCAGGUGGACCUUGUUGGGCACAGGUAAAAACAGUACACAACCAAAAAAUACAAAGGCAGGUAAUGAGUCACUCCCAUACAUUUCACACAAUCCCUCCCCUCUGUUGGGAGAUAAUUGAGUUAAUUACUGUAUCAAUUCAAUUAUCUCCAAAGCGAAAAAAUAAAAAUUUUCAUACAUUUCCAGAAGUACCCCAAAAACCUAUCCUGCUCCCACAAUUCAGAUAUCCCCUGAUAGCCCCGAUCUGAGGGAGCAUCAUACUGAAAAAUCACCCAGAUUGGUUCAGGGGUUAGACAAUUUUAUGGAGGUCUUAGUUUUACCAACGGCACACAAGGUGUAAGCCGAAAAUAGUUCCAUGUGUUUGGGCUGUGUGGUCGGUCUACGUUCGAGAGUUUGAAAUCCAGGAAAUUGUAUAUAAACCUGGUUCGUGCCUUGGUUCGUUGGAACCAUCCUGUUUGUGUGAUUCUUUUCACUGAAUGCCGCUCUGUUUCCUUGUGUUUACACGAACUUGCACGAAGAUGGAAGUCUCUGCGGUGUUCAUGCUGUUGAGUGUUCGAUUUGAGUUCCAGAUACUGGACGAGCAAACCCUGCUGGUCCAGUUCGUAUUCUAAGAUGGCCGCCGCCACGUGUUCGCAUAUACGAACAGCGGCUACCUAGGGAAUCACCCAGUUUGUUCGCGCAUUUGUGGUUAGCAAGUGUGAACAAGGUUAGGAAGAUCAAUUGGUGCCACGCUCCUCUCAUGGGUGGCCUGGUUGUUCGGUACUUGGUUCGUUUGUCGAACCAUAUAGGGAGAUUUAGCUGAAAAGGGGGUUCUUAACGAACAACCAGACAAAACAAUACAAUAUAUUCGUUUACUUGUUUCCCCAAGUAACAAAAAGUAGCAAUCAAAGAAAAAUAAAGGACAAAGUGGUAUGGACAGUCCCUAGUAAAAAUAGGGGUACUGUGGCAAAGCCCAUACCGCUACAAAUAGGUUGCUAUGAAUUAUUAAUGCUGCAUACAUGCUAGGUUAUCACAAGUUAGUGUAAUACUAGAUACUUAACUAACAUGCUGAGUAUACCACUGGUACUUAUUGUAGUGUUUAAAACUCUGAAUGCACCAAAAGAAUAUCACAGAAAUGUAAAAUAAAUGUACAAAUGUAGUAAGUGAUUUUUCAACCAGGACUCCUAUAAGGUAGCACAUGUGUUACAAGGUUGCAAACCAAACACAAUCAGCCAAUGCCUAAACUUGAUAGAGUAACCUAAGGAGCAUGUAGGCUGCAGAGGGUAACGGAGUGAUGCAGGAGGGAUGAGGUCCUCCUCCAGCCCCGGGCCUGUGUAGAGGGCAGCAUCUGUAGACCACAGACUUGAAGGCUUUGUGAGUAUGAAACUUCCCCAUCGGGCGCAGCGGGAGACACAGGUGUUCCUUCGCCGCUAGCGGCAGUGCGGUCUUCCUGCGGGGUGAUCGAUGCUUUGGAGGCAGCCUCUUCAGGACCCUCGACCCAGGUAGGCAUACAGCAUAGGUAGCAAGUGCAGGAGUAGGGGUUUUGCCCGAAAGAGGCCGUCUCAGUCCUAAAUACCCGCCCCUCUUCAUCUCCCUUUAUACUUGAGUUGUUUUUGGAUUAUUUCGCUUCUCCAGCAUUGCCCAGAAGUGCUGAAAGAUCUUGUCUAUUCGCUCGACUGAGCGCUUCACCAUAUUACAGCAGUUGAUGGAGGCCCGACCGCCAUUUUAUUCAGAUCACCGUCUCCAAUGCCUGAACUGCGGUGUGGUACUAGAACCAGCAGAGGCACGUGUGUCAAGCCAGUGGGGACCGGGAUAACCCCCAACGGUCCAAAGGGGGGAGAACUGGGCCAGGAAGAUGAUCCAUCAAAGAGCUGCCCUAGGCUAUCGGUAAGUAGGUAAUGCGGCAGCCGUCUACCUCACCCCCCACUUGAGUAGGCCACAAGCUCCGGAUGCUCAGUUACCCAGCAGGGCUUCACAACGUCCAGACCAGGUUUCUGCAGGCUUAGCAGUAAGUACUUAAAUUACAGCUGCCAGUUUUUAGACACAAAAGGGAUCAAGUUUUGCAUAUUUGGAGAUUAAUAAGUAAGAUCUGGCAGGAGUUCUUCUGACAUGCGACCUGCCACCAUGUGGGUCCAGCCCUGCUCCCAUUGUUUUGGUGCUUAUAGUGUUCCUUUAAAGUGUUGUGUCACUAUAUCGGUGUUUAAUGCUAAUUUUGGGCACGGAAUGUAAUUACAUAGGUGAAUUAGUAUGGGUUAUAUGUGUGCUGCACAUUAACUAUUGCAUAUAGUUAUGGUAAAUUAGUGCCACUUUUUUCUUUAACAAGAGAAUGUUUGUUUUACUGGAGAGAUGUGACUAAAAAAAAGAUUGACAAGAAAAAAGUUAAAUUAUAAGUGGUUUAGCAGAUUUGUUGGUGUUUUUUCUAAUAGUGUCUCUUUUAACAUUAGGAAUAUAUUGUUGUGAAGAACUUAAGUAAUCAUGUUGCAUGCAAGAGGCCCCAUGACUCAGAAGGGUUUUGUAGGUCCCUGAGCCCAAACACAGACCAGAAGAUCUUGGAAUUGACCAAUAAAAUCAUCGAGCUGCUGACUGGAGAGGUGAUGCUGCUUUUAAUAAGACAUUAUACAGUAAAAGCAAUGAAUGUAUCUGUGUAGUAAUUGUAUCAUUGUGUAACAGAUUCCUAUAAGAUGUGACGGUAUUACUCUGAGUUCCUCCAUGGAAAACUGGGAAAAUUUAGGAGGACACCAGGAUCUUGACAAGAAUGCAGUAAUGGAAAAAGUGCGACCAUUAAGAUCAAUGGGUAAGAAAAGGUUUGAUUUUUGGAUAUAUAAUAGGAUUGUGUAAUAAGUAGCCGAUGGGAGAAGAAUUACUUUUUACAUGAAACAGCAGAUGGUUGACCAUGCCUGUGUAUACAAAUACAAAGAUAUGUAUGUCUGUUACUUAAAGGCGUUAUCAUCAUAAUCUCUACAUGUCAGUGUACUGGUUAUGGUGCUAAUAGGUUGGCCAAAGUCUGGGGGUUCCCAAGCCACUCAUGGUACAGCCCACUGCUCUUUACUGGUAAUUCAGAAGUUCCAUUAACACAUUACCAAUAUUUAGAUGGCCUUAUUUACUCAAUGGGUCAGCUGACUCACACUGUCAAUCAGUGUUGUCUAAAUAUCGCUUAAAUUGCGACUGUUGAUGUGGGACACCCAGACUUAGCAUUGGGGGGGAGGUAGCCAAAGCACCCCUGCAUUUGGUCGGUUCACUAUAAAACAGUCUGCCCCAAAACUGGGGAAUGGUUCUGCAACCCAAUGGUACCAUAACCUCUAUAUUAACAUGAUUGUGGUACUUAGCACUAUUCUUCAGGUAUUUUUACAUUAGCAAAGAGGUUGUCUAACAAAAGUCUAUGUCCUUCCCACAGAUAACUCUGAGGCAAAAAGUACAUUAGAAGAUUUUCACAUCAAUUGUACUUCAUUAGAUUACACAAACAAAGAGAAGCCAAGGAAAGCUAUUCAAACUUUGACUGAUGAACCAGCCUCAUGUGAAGAUGUCACAGAAUUGUCUGAACCCACAGAACAUCCACAGACAGAAUAUCCAUCUACUUGUAUUAAGGAGGAACCAACCUCCAAUAAAGAAGGAAAUCUUCCAGACAUAUGUACACCCACUGAUUAUCCAUCCAUUCAUAUUAAGGAGGACACAGCCUCAUGUGAAGAAGAAAUUCUCACAGACUUUUAUACAUCGGCAGAACAUCCACAGACAGAAAAUCCAUCUACUUAUAUUAAGGAGGAACCAGUCACGUCUGAAGAAGGAAAUCUUACAGACCUUUAUAGACCCACAGAAUAUCCAUCUACUCGUAUUAAAAAGGAACCAGCCUCAUGUGAAGAAGAAAAUCUUACAGAUAUUUAUAUACCAUCAGAACAUUUCCAAAGAUGUUACACAUCAUUUCUUAUUAAAGAAGAAUGCACUUCAUGCGAAGAAGGCACAGUUACAAAUAUUGAAACUUGUGGAACUGCAGUGCGUGUAGAGACUGAAUAUGCAUCUAUAUGUAAUGAUGAAGAAUCAACAUCUCAGGUGACUGACCAUAUAGACACAAUGUAUAACUGUGCCAAGUGUCUAGAGACUUUCACAAGUAGAGUUGGGUUUAUCGAACAUCAAAAAGUUCACAAAAUGGCCAUCUUGUCAUGUUCUGAAUGUGGGGAACAGUUCUGUAAUGAGUCAGAACUAACUUCUCAUCAACAGAUUCACACAGGAGAUUCCUCGUUUAUAUGUUCUUACUGUGGAAAAUAUUUUACUAAGAAUUCGCACCUUUCUGCUCAUCAAAGAAUUCAUACAGGUGAAAAGCUGUUUGUCUGUUCCUAUUGUGGGAAGUUUUUUACGAAAAAUUCCCAUCUGGUUCGACAUUGUAGAAUUCACACAGGAGAGAAACCAUUUUCAUGUUCUCAGUGUGGCAAAUGCUUCAAUAGAAAAACUAAUCUUGUUACACAUGAGAGAAUUCACACGGGAGAAAAGAGAUUUGUGUGCUCGGAGUGCGGCAAACGGUUUUAUUAUAAUGCAGACCUUAGUCGUCAUCAGAGAACUCACACUGGCGAUAAACCAUUUGAAUGUUCGCAAUGUGGGAAAUGUUUUACAAAAAAACUCCAUCUUGCCUCCCAUCAAAGAAAUCACUCUGGAGAGAAGUUGUAUGAUUGCUCUAAUUGUGGGAGAUCCUUCUCGAAUAAUUCACAUCUUCUCCAGCACCAAAGAAUGCACACAGGAGAAAAGCCAUUUCCGUGUUCUGAAUGCGGAAAAUCAUUCAUUAACAAAGCAAACCUUGCAGCCCAUCAAAAAAUCCACAGCAGCAGCAGGUCUGUUAUUUGCUCGGAAUGUGGUAAAUGUUUUCGUUGUAAUGCAGAUCUUCACAAACACCAGAGGAUCCACUCAGGAGACAAGCCCUUUGUUUGUGCUUACUGUGGAAAAUGUUUUACCAAAAAAUCGCAUCUUGUUACCCAUCAGCGUAUUCACACUGGGGAAAAGCCAUUUUCGUGUUCAGAAUGCGGCAAAGGUUUUACGAGCAAAGCAAAUCUUAUCACGCAUCAGAGAAUUCACACUGGAGAGAAGCCAUUCUCCUGCUCAGAAUGUGGUAAAAGUUUUGGAGGAAAGAGUGAUUUAAAUCGACACAAGAGAAUUCACACUGGGGAGAAGCCCUUCACAUGCUCUGAGUGCGGGAAAUGUUUUGGACACAAAAGCAAUCUGAAUAAUCAUGUUCGCAUUCACAUAGUUGAGAGGACAUUGGCAUUACAGAAAAUGGUGUAAAGAUUUAGACUUUUCUAAACCCCUGGAUGAGAUCAUAUUCCUUUAUGUAAUAGAACUUACUCAGUUAUGUUAACUUUAUUUUGUAUUGCUUUCUUCUUUUAAUAAAUAUUAUGUAACUAAUUCUACUAGUCCAGCAUCAAGUUUAAACCGUAUGUGCACAAGUCGUAGUGUGCCUGAUUAUCAAAAAGCAGACUUGUUCAACUAAAGAGUGGUUUUUGCAAUGUUUCCAACCACAGUGGGGGGUUGAUAUAUUGCUAGGUUAACUCUUUGAUGAAAUAAAUCUCCUUUUACGAACAAUUAUGGUGUUGUUUAUUUCAAGGUGUAGACACAACCUGGGAUACUGAACAGAGACUGAAC